GUGUGUGUUUAUGUCAUGCUUGCGGUUGCGGGUGCGGUCUGUCGCUACGCUGCGUCUUCCUUCUGUCUCUAGCAUGUGCAGAUGUGUGGAGGGGUGAAGCUGGCACCUGACUUGGAGUUUGGCACCACCUGGACUGGAGGGGUCGCAUCUCCCUUUUGUGCACAGGGGAGGGAACGUUGGGCUGGGCACCCAAUGGCCUACCUCCCCUCUAGCACCAGCCUUAUCCUGGGUCACAGGGACUCCUUCUAGCAAGUCAAUCAGUUGGACCAUACAAUGGAUGGAAGUCUAUGUGGAUUUAAGUGGAAUAGUGCACUGGUGCUCCAGCUUAGGUCACAGCUCACUAGUGUGCACUGGACUCAUCAGGGGAAGACAGAAGUCACGUUGGGCCACAAACCAGCAGGGACACAGCCCCAUUAAUGCUGUGGAAACACUUGAAGAAUGAUGAGCUCCAAAGAAGAGGAAACUCUCCGUUUUUUCCAGUAUGUUGAGGAGAAUGGGCUGAGAGCCUACAACGGCCUGGUAGCUCAGAACUUGGACCACGCCAGGAAUGAGAGAAAUAGGACAUUCUUGCAGGAGAAAAACGACAAGAAGAGAAAACAGGAGGAAGCCAUAAGGAGGACGGGUGAGGACAUAGCAACUGAAGGCAAGCACUUACGUAUGGGCUCCAUUACUAUGCUGGACCCCCAGGAACGCAUGCCCAUGCCCCACCCGCAUGCCCUUGCCUGUGGGCAGGGCUUCUCCGUACGCUCCCAGUCCCUCCACUCGGUCGGCGGUGGGAACAGCGGGGGCGGCGGAGAGGAGGAAGUGGGAAGCCCGACCUCUAGGAAGCAGCCCCCACCCAAGCCCAGAAGGGACCCGGCCACCAAGCUGAGUAUGUCGUCUGAGGCGGUGGACCACAGUGGUGGUGAGAGUAAAAGAGAUUUUGAGAAAACAAGACAGGCGCCUACACAGCUAGAAUCCCAUUUAUGCAGUGAGGACUGCAGGAGGGUGCCACCUCCCAAGCCUAAGAGGAACCCCAACACGCAACUGAGUGUUUCCUUCGAUGAGUCCUACAUCAAGAGCCAUGGAGGCAGCGGGAUUUGCCCUUCCAAACCCCUCCACCACGUCACCUCCCCCUGCGAACGCAACCCCUCGCCUCCGCAGAGUGAUGAGAGCCCUACAGACGACUGUGAAGAUGAACCUGUCUACAUAGAGAUGGGCGGGAUUGAUGUCGGAGCACGAGAACCCCUGAAGAGUGAGGAUGAGGAGCCGGGAGAGUCUGUGUACGAGGAGAUGAAGUACCCAGCUCUGGAUGAUAUGGAGUACCGCACUGACCCCGUGGGCUGCCGCUCUGCGUGCCCCACCCCGGCACCCUAUGACCCUGAACCUCUCAGUCGCUGCUCCACACCUCGAAACAUUCCCCUCUGUGACAUUCCGGCACCCUUUCCCAAUUUACUCACCCACCGGCCUCCAUUGCUGGUGUUCCCACCGGCGCCGGCCCAGUGCUCGCCCAACUCAGAUGAGUCUCCCCUCACCCCUCUAGAUGUAGCCAAAUUGCCCAUGCUAGAGAACCAAUCUUACAGCAAAUCUCCAACAUCCUCCACCGAGCCACCCACAUCUGCACACAUCCGCAGGGAGCUCACUGCCACCCCAACCCUCACCGUAUCUGGCCGCUCCUCUGCGCCUCCUCUACCCUGUACCCUCUACAAAUCCUCCUCCUCAUCCUCCUACCAGCGCAGCCACUCUGCUUGCCCAUCGCCAGUCAGUAUGGGCCGCUGUCUCACCCCUCUCAGCCUCAUGCGUACACCUCCCUUUGAUGCUCCAAUGCCAUUCCCCGGAGGUCUACCGCGAAGCGCCUCUGCCACCCCUCACGGAAAAGGCUCGCCACCCCAAGACGGCGUGGGUCGACUGCACGGCUCUAUGCAGAACGUGUCAACAGGGCGUUCACGGACACCCACCAGCCCAUUGGACGAACUAACCAACCUGUUCACCACCGGCAGGAACAUGCUGAAGAAAAAUUCCAGUGGCAGGAAGUCUAAAGAGCCUGGAGAGACUGAGUCCAAAAGCAAGUCUCACAGCGAGUCUAAGCGUGAAGGCAAGGAGCGCCACGGUCACAGCAAGGAGUCCAAGAGAGAGUCCAAGGAUCGCCACAGCAAAGAGUCUUCUCACCGGAGAGACAGAGACAGAGACAAAGACAAAGACAAAGACAAAGAUAGGGGGAACAGCAAUGUCGAGCCAAUGCCCCACAGACGUAAUAGUAAAGACCGUACUUGUAGCGGUGCAGAUGCACCACCCAUUCGCAGGGAUAGUAGGGACCAUGGCUGCAGUAGUGUAGAGCCCAUCCAAUUGAUGAGGAGAGACUCUAAGGACAGAGGGAUUAGCAAUGGUGACCUGAUGCCAAGGAGAGACAGCAAAGAUCGGAGCGGAGGACAUGGACUGGAGUCUUUGCUGAGACAGGACAGCAAAGACAGAGAGAGACUGCUAGAUCAGCCACCUGAGCUGUUACCAAGACAAGACAGCAAGGAAAGGGCAAGAAACGGUGUAGACUGUAGGCAUGAAAGCAGAGAGAGACUGCUGGAUCAGCCACCUGAGCUCUUACCGCGCCAGGAUAGCAAAGAGAGAGCCAGGAACGGUGUGGACUCAAAGCAUGAAAGCAGAGAUAGACCACCUGAGCUUCUACCCCGACAAGAGAGCAAAGACAGAGCUAGAACUGGAGCAGAAUAUAGGCAUGAGAGCAAAGACCAUCGCCCUGAUAUGUUACCCCGACAGGAUAGCAAAGAGAGAGGAAGGAAUGACAUGGAGCAUAGACAUGAAGGUAGAAUAGACCAGCCACCUGAGAUCCUUCCCCGGCAAGAAACAUCCAGAGGCAGCAACAGCAAGGACAGGGUUGGCUACAGCUCUGAAUCCAAGCAUGAGGGGAGAGAUCGGAGCUGCCACAACGGAGAUCUCCCUCCUCCUCCCCUACCCAGGCAGGACAGCAAAGAUCUGAGCAGAACUGGACUCGAAGCGAGACGGGACAGCAAGGACAGAAGCCUGAAUGGCUCAGAGCAGCAUCAUUAUGAUGUCAAGAGCACAAAGAGCCCUUCUGCAAUGGAGUAUAGGUGUGAUAACAAAGAACGGGGACACCGAUCAGAUGGCACGCCGAGACGAGAUAAUAGAACGAAUUACAGCAUGGACCAAUCAAAAGCACAAGAGAAGAACGGCAGCACACAGUCAGGGCAGCACUCAUCCACAACGACACCUACUCAUCACGGGAGAUCGUCUGGAAGCCCACCAAUGACCAUGGGAACAGGAAAUGAUCUGAAAGCAGCACCUAAGUAUGGCCGCUCACCUUCGAUGCCCGCUAACCCCUCCCCAAUGGGAACUCCUCAAAGGAGAGCAGCAGAGACACAACAAAGUCAGAUGCCCCAGAUGCCAUGGAUCUGUGGAGACACCACCAUGCUAGAGCAGAUCGAGAGGAAGCGCACCCUCUGUAUGGAGAUCCGCUCCAGACAACAUCCGCACCUCCAGAGAUCUCUGGAGAGGCCUCCUCCUCCAGACAGGAACGAGGACAGGCACCAGGAGCGGAGUCAGUGCAAGCAGGAGAGUGCAUCUGUCCUCCCAGGCUGGGGGAAAAGCAGCGGGGCCAAAAAGAUCCGUCCUCCCCCGUACCCUACACAGACAACUGUGUUCUGGGACACGGCCAUCUGACAGUAACAACACACUUAACACCUCCCUGCCACACAACCCCCAAUUACCCACUCCCUCUUUCGUUUGGGCUGUGCUGAUUCUUCCCUGCAACAUCAGGGGCGUCAGGACAGCCAAUAAGAGCACCAGGGGGAUG